AAGCUAAAGUGGCAGACUUUUUGACAGCCACACAUGGCUGAUAAUGAGUGAUGACUUCAAGACCCCUAGACCAUACAUUACUCUGUUGUAUCAACUAGUUUUCUUCCUUCUGAUUUGCAAAAUCUAAAUCCUUAUCUUCCUUCAUUCUCCUCCAGUCAUUCAACUCUUUCUGUAUCUUCCACUAUACAUUAUCGAUCACCUCACUUUCUUCAGUAUUAUUACUGCACCUUCCCUUACAUUCUCUCGUUUUCUUCCUUUUUUUUUUCUGUUUUGAGUUUUUCUACUUGAGGUUUUCUCAAAAGGGUUUGAGGUUCUUGCAAGGAAAAGACCUUUAAGAGAGUCAAAAUUUGAUCUUUGCAUCCACAUGCAUCUGUUUGAAGCUUGAAUAGAAAAAGUUUACAUCUGGAAGUGAAGAUGAAGAUUCAGUGUGAUGUGUGUGAGAGAGCUCCUGCAACGGUGAUUUGUUGUGCAGAUGAGGCUGCACUCUGUGCUAAAUGCGACAUUGAUGUACAUGCAGCUAACAAACUGGCCAGUAAGCACCAAAGGCUUCUCCUUCAGUGCCUUUCCAACAAGCUUCCUCCAUGUGAUAUUUGCCGAGAAAAGACUGCUUUCAUUUUUUGUGUUGAAGACAGAGCUCUCUUCUGUAAGGAGUGUGAUGAGCCUAUUCAUUCAGCCGGUAGCCUUUCGGCAAACCAUCAGCGAUUCCUGGCAACUGGAAUCCGAGUAGGUUUGAGCUCUAGUUGCACCAAGGAGUCUGAGAAAAGCAAGUUUGACCCACCUAAUCAGAAUGCUCAACAAUCUUCUGUCAAAGUGCCUGCACAGCAACAGUCAGGCAUUUCAUCUCCGUGGGCCAUGGAUGAUCUGCUACAAUUUUCAGAUUUUGAAUCCUCUGAAAAGAAGGAACAAGUUGAGUUUGGAGAGCUUGAAUGGCUAGCUGACAUGGGACUAUUCAGUGAGCAAGUUCCUCAGGAGGGUCUAGCAGCAGCUGAAGUUCCUCAACUUCCCGUUUCCAACUCCAGCAGUGUUUCCUCAUUCAGACCUAUGAAAUCCAGCAUGCCGCACAAGAAGCCCAGGAUCGAAAUACCAGAUGAUGAUGAUGAGUAUUUCACAGUCCCGGAUCUUGGCUAAACAAACACAAGUAACCUCUAUAGUGUGAGUGAAUAGGUUGAUUUUCUAUGCAUAUAUACACUCAUACAUACAUGUACAUGUGUACUUAAAUGUGCAUUUGAUGUGUUAUAAUCUCUUGUUGAGAUGCUUAUUGACCAUGUAUUUCAAACUUAAUUAGAGCUUACAAUCUCCAAACACAUUACAUAUAAGAAUUUGUGAGGGUGGCUUGUCUAAAUUGAGUGAAUCAGGAACUUAGUGAUGAUCAGCAAGGCCUUUUGAGUA